UUAUCUCUGUCGGGUAUGAUGGAAAUCGAAAAUCACUUCUUAAGCAAACGAUCAAUGAAGAUAGUGAUGAUCCUCUUAUAGUGAUCCUCUGAGUUCCACAAUAAUUGAAGAAUAGAAUCUUUCAAAUUUUUUAACAGAAAUGGAGACAAUCGAAUUGGCCUACGAUGUUUAUGAGUAUAAUGACACGCGUCAGGCCCUUCCUCCUAUAAUCUUGCUGCAUGGAAUGACUUGGAGUAAAUACAUGUACAGAGAGGUUUGCAGUAAACUGUGUCAGAAAACCAAAAGAAAGGUCUACUGCCUUGAUUUAAGGAAUCACGGAGAGAGUCCUUUUUCUGAAAAAAUGGACAUAUUCGUGAUGACUGAUGAUGUCAAAAGGUUCCUUACAGAACACGACUGUAAAAGAGUCACAUUUGUCACACACAGUUUCAGCUGUACUAUUAGCUAUCUGAUAGCAAUUCAUCAGCCAGAAAUUGUGGAAAAGAUGGUGAUGGUCGAUAGCUUUCCCUUUAACGAUUUCUAUGAGGACAUGAAAGGGAAUUUCGUUCCAGAAAUACAAGCUCAAAAUCGAGUCUUAAAGGCCUUGAAUCCUAAAAUGAGUCUGAAGGACGCUCGGACUAAACUUAACAAGUUGGCCCAGAUGGGACCAAAAGCGAAAGAACUUUUUUAUAAGAAGCUGGCUCAUGACUUAAUGAAAGAAGAUGGGAAAUUCAAAUGGAAAGUGAAUAUAGAUUUCAUACACAAGGCAAUCUUAGCAGAAUUCCCGGGCUUCUCUGACAAACGGGAAGGAUUUUGCUCUCAUGAGAUACUUUUUGUACGAUGCUCAAACUCCUAUAACAUACCUGACUCAAGGUUUGAGAAAAUUUUAACGUAUUGCCCUAAUUCGAAGCUUAUCACCAUAGAGGACACGACCCACCUGGUACUGCUCGAGAAAGUCGAUGAGUUUGUGGAUGUUGUGCAUGAUUUCCUUACUCCGGUCUGAAGAGCGUAUUUAACUUUGAUAAUGAAAGCACAACUGGCUUGAACAAUAGUAGAAAAUACUUUAAGAAAUAGUUUAAAAAAAUAAAUUAAUAGAUUUAGUAUCAUAAGUGACACCUCAUUAUGGAUGCUCUGUGGGACUUAAAAUAUGAUAUCCCUUCACAUUUUUGUAAU